GGCGCAGGGCAAACCGAGGCGAUAAGUAGCUCCGGAUAUUAAUUGAAAUCCUUUAAAUAAUCAAUUUCAAAUUCCCUAAAAACCUUCCCUCAACCCCUCCCUCCACUUUCUCCCUAUUUCCUCAUCCCAAAGUGCUAAAAAAGUGGUGGAUUUCGUCAUUAAAAUAAGCGACAAGUUUUAAUCGAGUGAUUCAAUCGCUUCGGUGAGGGGGUGGGGGAUUAAAUAAAAUGGCUGUGAUUUGUCGCCUCCUGGAGUCGUUGUCCCCAUGACUAACUCCAAACAAGUGUCAGAAUCCUUUCAUCAAUUAAAUCUGAAACCAAAGAUAAACCAAAUUAUUUUAUGAAGUAAUUAUACUUUUUAUUAUUAAUCACGCAUUUUAAUCGAGGGAAUUAAAAAUAAAGGGGUUCCCUCCGAGUAAUCAAAGGAGCUGCGAACACAAUGAGAGUGAUGUCCUGCGCGUAGAUUGCCUCUUAGAAAUUAUACAUGAAAGUAGAAUAGGGGCGAGAGAAAUUUGGAAUAGAGGCGAAAAUGAGGUCCUACGAUGGAGAGAGCAGUUCGGGGGAUGAGGACGACAGAAGAGAGGGGGUUCCAGAGGUCCAUAUGAACCAGGGGCCCUGGCAGAGGUCGUCGCACCCUACGUGGGCCUGGGAACAUCGAGGACCUCAAUUGCCGGGUCAAUCUAACGCGUCCCUGGAGUCAAUGGCCUAUUCAACGCCUCCGGCGUCUCAUCCAGGGAUUCCCGUGGCCCCUGGAGGCUACACGGGAACUGAGCAUCCGCAGAAUCAUGGCAGAAGGACUCCCCUGGGUGCUGUUGGUCUAGGAGGCUUUUACUUUCAACAGCAACCACAGCCUCACGCCUCCUCCAGUGCUCUAUCCUCUGAUGAGAAUCGUCCGGAUCAAGAAAGACCUGCAGGAUCGAGAUUGAACUGUCCAUCGAAAUCUAAGAGCACGCGUCAAGGAAAAAGCGUCAGAUUGAACAUAAACGCGCGGGAACGGCGAAGAAUGCACGACUUGAAUGAUGCUCUUGAUGAACUGCGCUCUGUCAUUCCUUAUGCUCAUAGUCCUUCAGUAAGAAAACUGUCGAAGAUUGCUACAUUGCUGCUGGCGAAGAAUUAUAUUCUCAUGCAGGGAAAUGCUCUGGAUGAACUGAGGAGAGUCAUAACCGUUCUCCAAUCGCCGCAUGCACACGGUGCAGUGUUGCCACCGACCCCAGUCUCCUAUGACCUGCUCCAAGGUUUCCCUGGAAAGCUCUUCCAAGGUGUCCCCGAGCUCCAGGGUCUCCAGAGCCUCUCUGCGAUGAAUACAACUGUCACUGCUAGUGGACCCUCCACUGACAUCACAGUAACUGGAGACCUCAGCGUCUCCGGUACUGAGUCCACCUGAACCUCGUGGAAAACAUCACGAAAAUCAUCGAGGGAUUUUUUUGAUGAGAAAACGAAGAAAGUUAAUCACAAGAAAAGUGAAAGUAUCAAGUUUAAGUUCUAGGAGGCUAUAACCGUCAGCUAAGAGUUUUACCAAAGAAAAUUUGCAGAAAAUUGGUACUGAAUAGAACUUUGAAAAUUCCAUGCAGAUUAUUUUGCAAAUCUCUUUGAAACUGGUAGAGCUGCGAGUUCUAAUGCAUAAUUCUUUUUUUGAACAAUCAACUAUGAUCACAUUGCAACUAUUUAUUCAC